AUGGAGACCGUCACUGUUGCCGAAGAAGAGCUGACCACUAUGAAGUACGUCAACGCGACGACCGAGUUUACGGUCGAAGAGAUAAACUCAUUUUUUUUUUACGAAACCAUCCAGUUCACAGUCUUGUGGAUAUUGUUCUUGUCGAUCGUACUUGGUAACGGAGCCGUACUGGUGGCCCUGUCGUUCAAUAAGGCCCGCAAGAACCGAAUGAACUUUUUUAUCAUGCACCUGGCACUGGCUGACUUGUUGGUGGGACUAGUGAGCGUUAUGAUCGACAUGAUUUGGAGAACAACUGUAACCUGGUCAGCCGGUCCGAUUGCUUGCAAAGUGGUCAAGUACUUACAGGUGGUCGUCACGUAUUCGUCUACAUAUGUCCUGGUCGCGCUCAGCAUCGACAGAUACGACGCCAUCACACACCCGAUGAACUUCUCCAGUAGCUGGCGUCGGGCCAGAGCAUUAAUCGGAUGCGCUUGGAUUUUGAGUUUCGUUUUUGCCGUACCCAGCGUAUUUAUUAACGAAGAGACGAUAAUAGAAGGACGCACUCAGUGUUGGAUCGAAAUGUCGCCUUGGCAAUGGAAAUUGUACAUAAGCAUAGUGGCUACGACGGUGUUCGUAGUGCCGGCAAUAGUCAUCAGUGGAUGUUACGCCAUUAUCGUGUACACGAUUUGGUCCAAAAGCAAACUUCUAUCACCGGCUAAAAACAACACACUACAACGUGGAACCAAAAAACCUGAAGAGCACGAUAUCAGAAGGUCCAGUUCACGAGGCAUCAUACCGAAAGCGAAAAUCAAGACCGUAAAAAUGACAUUCGUUAUUGUGUUCGUAUUCAUCCUGUGCUGGAGCCCGUACAUAGUGUUCGACCUGCUGCAAGUGUACGGCUACAUACCAAAAACGCAAUCGAGCGUGGCCCUCGCAACUUUCAUACAGAGCCUGGCGCCGUUGAAUUCUGCCGCCAAUCCCAUCAUAUACUGCUUGUUCUCCACUCACAUUUGCAGAUCUCUCAGGCAAGUCCCGCCGUUCAGAUGGUUGUUGUGUUGCCGGAACGGAACACAAGAGCAAUUGAGCUACACGGAAACACUAACAUCGUCUAAUCGACAGGUGAACACGUCUCUGCUGCGGAACGCCACCGUGCACGUACACUCGGUGGUCAGGGCUCCUGUCUUAGACCGCAUGGGCAUAUCGACGGAGAAGAACAGCUACGCCGAUUCGCUGCUUUAAGAAGGCCGGGACGGCGCACUCCGAGCACCCCACGACGUAUUACUAUUAUAAUUAUAAUGAUUAAUAAUAUUAUAAAAUUCAUACGAGUACAUUAUAAGAACAUAUUAUAAUUAUUAUUAUUAUUAUUAUUAUUAUUAUCAAUAUUCUGUCCCCGUCCCUUUAUGCGAACGCAUUAUUAUAAACUAUACAGCCAUUAUAAUAUUAUAAUAUACAUUUCUCUAAUUAUUAAAACAUUAUUACAUUACUAUUAUUACUACAAUAAUUACUAUUACUACCUACUAUUAUUAUUAUUAUUACUAUUAUAAAUAUUAAUUUUAACUAUACGACCAUAAACGUUAAGUUAUAUUCUGUCGACUGACUUCGUCCCUAAAAAUACAAUAUUAUUAUGUGUACAAACCUUCGAUAUAUAUAUAUAUAUAUAAUUAUGAUUAUUAUGUAUUCCUUAUUGUUGCCUGGAUUCCUAUUCGUACUUACGUCUUUAACCAAUAUUAUGUAAAUACUUUUUGUUUUAAACCAUCGUUAAUAAAAUACAAUAGCUUAA